AUGGAUCAUGACGAGGAUCUUGAGGAGGUUCGCGAGCUAACUAGGGAGUACUGCAGAGACAUGAAGGGUGAAAAUCGACCUAUUAUUUUAUCACAUAAUAAGCUCCCCAAUUUAAUAGAGGACGAUGAAUUUGGUAAUAUAGGAGAUCCAGCUUGGGCCAUCUUCAUGGAAGACAGGGAGCAAAAUUUGAGUGUGAAAAACAAUGGUGGUAGCAGGACGUUUCACAAGAUGGAAGAGCUCAUCACUGAUUAUGAAAGUGGUGCUCUGCAUUCCGCUGAGGUGAAGCAGGCUCUUGAAGAAGCACUAAAGAAGAUUAUGAAGACUGUACGUGCCCACUUCGCCGGCAACAGUAAAGCCAAACAUCUUGCGAAAGCUAUGUGGGAGUACACGAUAUAA